AUGAUUUACACAGAGACAACAAUAGCAAAGGGACUAUGGACCUACUGUGCGCCAUUGAUCAUCAUUCUUGGCACAAUAGGAAACACUUUGUCUCUUAUCGUACUCACAAGAAAGAACAUGCGAAAAAUCACUUCUAGUAUUUAUCUCAGCGUCCUGGCCGUAGUGGAUACGACUGUGCUUUACACCGGCCUUUUGCGACAUUGGAUACGUCACAUAUAUGACAUAGACAUACGGAGCAUCACACCUGGGGGAUGUAAAUUUCAUUUAUUCUUCAUCUAUUUUUCCGUUCAUCAUUCUGCGUGGAUCUUAGUUGCGGUAACGUUUGAAAGGCUAGUUGCUGUUUAUAUCCCCCACAAAGCUCGAAUAUACUGUUCUAGUUUCAUAGCAUUUAUAACAGUUUGUCUCAUCUCUUUUGUUUUACUUUUCAUCAACCUUCACUUCUUCUGGACAUCCGGUAUUAAAAUAAACGAUCUUGGUAUUCCUGAAUGUGAUAUUGUCGGUAACAGAUAUAAGAAUUUUGACAUGUAUACGUGGCCAUUGAUCGACGCGUGCAUUGCCUCUUUUAUCCCAUUCAUCAUCAUGUUCACAAGCAACGUGCUCAUUAUUAUCAAAGUUCGGAAACUGACCUCAACGAACGAAUCGAAGAUGACAUCCAUGACGGCAAUGCUCCUCACUGUGAAUUUCGUGUUCAUUAUCUGCACAUCGCCCAUUGUUCUCUACUACAAUUUUAAGACGACUUGGUACCCGGAUGAUGAGGAAUCUACAAUUGCCAAGGCUGAUCUCCACGAUGCUAUCUGUAAUUUAUUCGUAUACACAAAUAAUUCCAUAAAUUUUCUUCUUUACUGCCUGUCCGGGCCAAAAUUUCGUCGAGAACUUCGAAGAAUGUUGUGGAGGAAGGGAAACCAGAUUGACCCACAAUCCAACAUCCAGAAUCAGACUGACGUUGAGACCGCACCUGCUCAAUGAAGCAGUUUCCACGAAGAUUAAUAUAUCUUUGGACAUCGUGAACUAGAAACCUUUACUUUCAAUCAAAGCGUUUGACCAUAUCUUUAGGAUAUCGUAAACUGAGAAUUGUCGAAAGUAUAUACACAACCUGUUUGCACAACAUGUAUGGAAUUAUAGUCAUAUUUAUACCUACUCGACGGAGAUCUUGUAAUUUAUAGAUACACUGCUCCACAUGUUUAAGUUAACACCAUUAAGGGGACAAAGUGCG